AUGUCCUCUUCACAGCAGCCCCUCACAGGCACAGACGGAAUCCGCUCUCUAAAUCACGAUGAUGCUAUAUUCCACGCCUUCGAUUCAUAUCCGUGGGUGAAGGACACAAAUUUUAUGUCGGGUCUACUUGCCAUCCUCGGAAGCCCAACCGAUAACCCCCAAGCAUCCUUCACAGACAUGGCAACCCACGCCCGCAUCUUCUACUAUGCACAAAAGAUUGGCGUCACAAUUGACUUUUCACGCUACAAAGAAUGGUUAGACUCUCAUCCCGACCACGCUCCUCCGGAUGUACUGCCAGACGAGUAUCGGCAACAGCCGCAGCAGCCGGCGCUUGACUGGCAAAAGUCCGCGCCCAAGGCCGAGCUGUUCCUGGACAGGAAACCAGGCUCAGUGCCCGACCAGGCCCAUGGCGAGGACCAGCCAUCGUACCCAGGAGGCUUUGCUGAGAUGAUCAAACUGCUACAGGAGGGAAAGCCCGUGCCAGGCAUUAGGCAAAUCCCCAAUACUGUUGUCCGGGACCCCGUAAGUGCUGCUGCGCCCCAGAACAUCGACGCGUCAAACCAUGAGGGCCAGACUCAGGCGCUUGAUCCCGAGUUCCCGCCAGUGGAUACCAGCUCUCAGCCAGACUCAUAG